AUGGCCAACGUCGAUGAACUCACAAGUUCUCCUCCGUCACCUUUAAAAAGUUUGCACUCAUAUUUGGCCAAUAUGCAAGUAGAGAUUAAUAAUGAUGAUGAUGACGGUAUCAAAGUGUAUGAAUUAUUGAAGAAAUAUCACGGAGAAGUACUUUGGUUUCUUCAGGACUUACAAUUAACAGACGAUGAUGUGAAAGUGAUUGCAGAAGAUCUGAAAAAUGAUCAUAUUUGCACUAGAAUUGAUUUGAGCUUUAAUAAGAUAACUGAUCGAGGUGUACAUUAUCUUGCCGAUAUAUUACAAGUUAAUAGAACACUUUUAAAACUUCAUCUACCUGAAAAUGAAAUUGGUGAUGAUGGUAUGCUCUGUUUGUGUGAAGCACUGAUAAAUACGAAUAGAACACUGACAGGAUUAUACGUAUGGCAAAAUAAUAUUAGCGAUAAAAGUGUUGACAAGAUAAUUGAAACACUUCAAAUUAAUAAGACACUUGGACAUUUGGUCUUAUGGAAUAAUCAACUAUCUGGACAGAGUAAAGAAAGAGUACGAGAAGCAAUUAGAGGAAGAAACAUGCAUCUUAUUGUUUAA